UUGUAAACAUAGCUAACGGUAACACUGUUUAGAGGACGAUGUCGCUCCUCAGUACACCUUUUUAAAAAAAUUUUGUGGGGCUAGCGUUAUUUUUCAACGUUUUCACUAUUUAAUUUAUCGGGAGUGAAGUUAUUCAACCGGUGACCACUUUUUGGCUCUUUGUUAAAGUUUUGGGAAGCGGAGACCAUGUUGUUAGCUAGCUGGCGUUACUUCAGCUAACAUGCUACCACAGUGGAGAGACACCAGCUGUGGAGCUGCCUGGAGAACCAGCUGCUUCAUGUGAAAGCGGCCAGGUAUGCUAGUGCACCUACUCGGGAGAUCUUUGCUUCGAUCUGGACUACAGCGGCUGGGGGUCCAACGGAGGCGUUUCUGUGUGGCAUCUUGUCCGGACACACCGCAGGAGGCAGACAUGAUCCGCAACCGGGCUCAGAUCAAGCGGGUCCUCUGUGUAGCCGAGAAGAACGAUGCUGCCAAAGGCAUCUCAGAGAUCAUGUCAGACGGCAGGUCCAGGAGGAGGGAAGGGAUGUCAAAGUUUAAUAAAAUCUAUGAGUAUGAAUAUCAUCUCUUUGGUCAGAACGUGACAGUAACAAUGACGUCAGUGUCAGGACAUUUACUAGGUCUGGAGUUUGAAGCUCCGUUCCAGAAAUGGCACAGCUGCAAUCCUGUGCUAUUAUUUGAUGCUGAGGUAGAGAAGUAUUGUCCAGAUAACAUGACACAAAUCAAGCGGACACUAGAGAAAGAGGUGAGGCAGUGCCAGGCCUUAGUCAUCUGGACUGAUUGUGACAGAGAGGGAGAAAACAUUGGCUUUGAAGUCAUAGACGUCUGCAAAGCAGUGAAGCCCAAUUUACAAGUCUUUCGGGCAAAAUUUUCUGAGAUCACCCCAAACUCCAUUCGGAGAGCCUGUGAGACUCUAACAGAGCCGGAUGCUAACAUCAGCGAUGCUGUCGAUGUCCGUCAGGAGCUGGACCUGCGGAUAGGUGCGUCCUUCACUCGAUUCCAGACGCUUCGCCUGCAGAAGAUCUUUCCAGAGUCUCUGGCCAAUCAGCUGAUCUCAUAUGGCAGCUGUCAGUUUCCAACUCUGGGCUUUGUGGUGGAGCGCUUCAAAGCCAUCCAAGCUUUCAUACCCGAGACUUUCUACAAGAUCAAAGUGCUGCAUGAGGUGGAGGAGGACACUGUAGAGUUCAGCUGGAAAAGAAACCGUCUCUUCAGCCACACAGCUUGCCUGGUGCUCUACCAGAUCUGCAUGGAGGAUCCCAUAGCAACAAUCACCUCAGUAACCAGCAAACCCAAGAGCAAGUGGAGACCGCUGCCUUUGGACACUGUGGAACUGGAGAAACUGGCAUCUCGUAAGCUAAAAAUAAGUGCCAAAGAGACCAUGAAAAUUGCAGAAAAACUCUAUACCCAAGGGUAUAUCAGCUACCCCCGCACAGAAACCAACAUUUUUCCUCCGAACCUGGCGCUCGGCCCCCUGGUCGAGUACCAGACACAAAGCCCGGUCUGGGGGACGUUCGCCCAGCGGGUGCUCGACCAGCCGGGGGGUCCCAACCCACGGCAGGGCAAAAAAUCUGACCAAGCCCACCCGCCCAUACACCCCACCAAGUACAGCGAUACACUGCAGGGCAACGAAGCACGAUUGUAUGAGUUCAUUGUCCGGCACUUCCUGGCUUGUGUAUCCCAGGAUGCUUUGGGGCAGGAGACUGUGGUGGACAUAGACAUUGCCCAGGAGAAGUUCUCCACCUCGGGACUCAUGAUCAUUGCAAGGAACUACCUGGACGUUUACCCGUAUGACAGGUGGAGCACGAAGCUGAUUCCAGUGUAUGAGCAAGGCUCCCAGUUCCAGCCCUCCGCUAUCGAGAUGGUGGACGGACAGACGAGUCCUCCGCAGCUGCUCACUGAGGCCGACCUCAUAUCGCUGAUGGAGAAGCAUGGCAUCGGCACAGAUGCAACCCAUGCAGAGCACAUUGAGACUAUAAAGAGUCGCAUGUAUGUGGGCUUGACAGCUGACCAGAGGUUUCUCCCUGGAGAGCUUGGCAUGGGACUGGUGGAGGGUUACAACUCCAUGGGCUAUGAGAUGUCCAAACCAAACCUGCGCGCUGAAUUGGAGGCAGACCUCAAGCUCGUAUCAGAGGGCAGGAAGGACAAAUGGAGCGUGCUGCAGCACCACAUCCAGAAGUACAAGACUGUCUUCAUCGAGUCUGCCAGGAAGGCAAAGAAGUUAGAUGAGGCCCUGUCUCCAUAUCUGGGUGCAGCUCAGCAGAUCCCUGAAGCAGAGCAGCAGGACAUGGAGAUCCCGCUGCCGGUCAGGAAGUGCCCUCACUGUGGUCGGGACAUGGUGCUGAAGAAGAAGAGGGAGGGGAACAGUAAGUACCUGUCCUGCACGGGCUACCCAGCCUGUAAGACAGCAGUGUGGUUCCCUGACGUGGUGCAGGAGGUCAGCAGAGAUGACAGCAUUUGUCCCACCUGUCAGCCGCAUCCUGUUCACAUGUUGAAGUUCAAGUUCCGCAGGGGCAGCCUUCCUCCCAUGAUGCCUUUAGAGUUUGUUGGCUGCGUCGGUGGAUGUGACGAGAUGCUCAGAGAGGUGCUGGACCUGAAAUACCUCCGAGCAGGGGGAGUGGGAGGAGGUGGUGGAGGGGGAGGAGGGGGAGGAGGGGGAGGAAGAGGAGAUGACCAUCGUCCACCAGCUCCAAGGCCCCCCGGGCCAAAGCCGCCCAGAGCCCCAAGUUCAAAUCCUCGACCUUCCCUUCCUCCUGUCCCCUCGUGGACCCCGCAGCCACGACCUCCGCCGGGUGGAGGUGGAGGCGGUGGCAUCAGUGUAGACACCAGCAAUGAUGCCAUUGUGUGUAACUGUGGUCAGGGUGCACUCCUCCUGACCGUGCGCAAGGACGGUCCCAACCAAGGUCGCCAAUUCUACAAGUGCAACGCUGGGAGCUGCAACUUCUUCCUGUGGGCGGAUCAGCCAAGUCAGCAGGGGGCGCUGCAGAGUCGAGGGCCUCCGGUCCAGGCACCUCACACCUCCUGGCCUUCGAGGCCCUCUCUGGGGUUCAGGAACACCCCUGGAGAAGGCAGGGGGCAGGAAGGGGGUGCAGGAGGAUAUGGGGGACAGAUAAUGUGUAGCUGUAAUGAGGCGGCAGUGAUGCGCACAGUGCAGAAGGACGGUCCAAACAAGGGCCGGAUGUUCUACACCUGCGGGAAACCAAGAGACCAGCAGUGUGGCUUCUUCCAGUGGGCUGAUGAGAAUGCACCUCCACCAGGUGCUUUUGGUGGUGGAUUUAAUGGUGGUGGAAACGGAGGGAAGAAGGGACGGAAAGCAACGGGAGACGCCACCGCCAACAAACCUCCAGCUGCUAAGAAACCUCGCACCUGCGGCAUCUGCCACACGCCAGGACACACCCGAGUCACCUGUCCUCAGCGGUGACGGCCCCUUAAAGACACUAUUUGGAGUCAUGGAAGACUAUGACUUGAAAGUGUGGAGUCAGAUUUUAUUUUUUUAAAUGUGCAACAACUCAGAUUGUAAGUACCUCCCCUCAGGGGGUGGGUGUCUUCUUCUGGGUAAGAAUUUAACCAAGACCCUGUAUAUUUCCUGCAACGUUACAUUUUGAUAACAGUUCCAAGAGGGCUAAAGCAGCUUUGAGCAUGUAAGUCAUGUAAUAACUAUGGCUCCAAUCAGAAAUCAUUAUUAUAUUUCCCAGUUGCAGUUGUGCAGCAUAUUGUGAAUUCAGUUGUGAAAACGUGGGAAUGUUAAAGAGAUUUUGUGUCUGGAAACUAGACCCGUCCUUCCUUUUUUCAUCCAGCUCUAAUUUCUCAAGUUUCCUCAGAUCUGCAGUGUGUUUGUUCAAGAUGAACGGCCCUUUUCUGGCCCCUGGGGGGAGAGUUGGGGGUUAACCUUCAGUAUCUGUUAGGUCCUGCCACAUAGCUGCCAGUUUCCUGACAGGAAGGCCACUUUUUAGUAAAUACACUUAUUCCCCCUCUUGCCAAAAUUUAGAUGACAAGAUUGAUACCACUGCCAUGUCCAUGUGGUACGUAUGAAGCUACAGCCAGCAGUUAGCUUAGCAUAAAUACUGGAAACAGGGCGAAUGUCCAAUGGUUACGAAGAAAGUCUGCCUACCAGAGCCUCCAAAGCUCACUAGCCUACCAUUCUACAAGAUGGGUUUGUGUCAGACGAUUAACUUUAUAAGCAUAUUUCCCAAAAUGUCUAACUUUUCCAUUAAAGCUUAGUGCAGCAGUCAUGCGCAGACCCAUGCUGCAUGCUUUAAACUGUCUGAGUACACGAGCUGCACUCUGAGAAUCUGAGCUGCUUGAGAAAUAACUGCAUCAACCUGAAGUUGCUCAACAGUUAAUGGGAAGUUUGCUCCGCUGGUCUUGGAUCAAAUGAAUCUGUCGUGUUUCACUGUAUCGGCAACCGUGAUUGAGGUUGAUUCAGAUACAGAAGCUGUCUUUAGUGAAUAAAUGUGAAUUUUAAAUAAAACGUAUGUGGGGUUAUUCAUAAUCAGUGAUGUAAUUAUUAAUAAUAAUAUUAACACCUGUUUGUGGUCGUCAUUUUCACCAUCACUAAGCAUCUUCAGCAGCAGCCACGUGUUUCACAUCUGUUGAUUCAUCAAGGUGCUUGUUGAGAAAAACUGCAAACUAUGUUUCUAUAUUGUGAAUAUAACGAGUGCAAAAACCCCCCAACAGGCCGGCUCCUCUCCCGGUUGUCUGAGGAA